AUGAAAGAAAUCUGUAUUUUUAUAUUUAUAAACUUUUUAUCUUGUAUAUUAGCCAACAACUAUCCGUCAUAUGCAGGACCACCUUAUUUAUACAACAGUGGAGGUGAAGCAACUGGAACACAUUACGAUUAUCCACAAAAUGGAAACUGUGGAUAUGGAAAUCUAUUUGGUCGACUAGGUCCACAUACAAACAAUAUUGUUGCUGUGAACACUCAUCUUUUUAAUAGUACACUCCAGUGUGGUCAAUGCUACGAUCUAUUCAUUAAUAAUAAAACGUUGACCGUAAUUGUAACCGAUCAGUGCCCAGAUCCAGGUUGGUGCGACAGCCAUCACACUCAUUUUGAUUUGUAUAAACCUGCAUUCGAAUUGCUACAAGAUCCAAACAUACUUGGAACCAUGUCAAAUAUUACAUUCAAAAAAGUUCCAUGUCCUAUCCAAGGAAAUAUUCACGUCUAUCUAAAACCUGGUUAUUCGCAAUACUAUCAAUCUAUUUUAAUUUUUAAUCAUACUAUUGGUAUCGAAUCAGUUGAUAUAUUAAAAGAGAAUACUACUCAAUACACACCGAUGAGACGUACUUUCGAUAACCAUUGGGAACCGGUUGUCUGGGGAAAUCCAGGAAAUUCUUACAAACUUAGAAUUAAUUCUGUUUUGGGUGAAUCUGUAGUUGCAAUUAUUGACCAGCCAUGCUCAGAUAAACUAUAUGAUUCUGGUGCACAAUUUUCUCGAAUACCUGGUCCCACUGAUGGAAUCAAUCCAUUUUACUCUAUGGAUACUACUUCAUCUGCCAACACUCAACCUACCUAUUCUAUCACUCAUAUUGUAUUACUAUUCCUUUUAUUUUUAUAUUUUUAA